CUGUGCAGCCACAUUAAGUAUAAAAUUAUAAUUUUUCAAUCAAGUGACGAAAGUUAAAAAAAUAUAAAAAGCAAAUGGAAGUGAAAAAUCCAAUAAUUGAAUUGAUGUUAAAAUCAUGCGAUGUGGAAUUGAUGAAAAAUUAUAGUAACGAAUUUUACGGUCCACUCCGUUCCAACGAUUCGAAAGCUGACAAUUUGGUGUCUUUGCAUCUUGUCAGCUUAAUUUUAUUGCCGAUUAUAAUUUUAACAAAUUUUAAUUUUGAUAAAGAAAAGUUAAAGAAUCGAGUGCUGUAUGUGCUUGAAUCGCCAGUUUUAAGGGAGUUCCUUUAUGUGAUAACUUGCUUUUUUGUAUCGUUGAUUUUUGUGCCCCUUAUCUUCCUUAUUGUCACAUCCUUUAAACUUUAUCGUGCUUAUGUCUCGAAAUGCCUGAAAGAAAACAAAUCAACAGGAUUUAAAGGAUUUUUGGUCGGCGAAGAUACAUUUUGGGUAUGUGAAGAUGACAAUGCAAAGGCAGUGAUUAAUGUCCUCGCAUUUGUGAGCUGUAGAGGUGAAAAUAUGCACGAGAACUUGCUAACAUCAAUUAGAGACCGAAUUUACUCAAAAUUAAUGCUUCCAAAUACAUUCCCAAAAAUGUUUUAUCGAAAGAAACGUGACGAAUCUGGAUAUUUCUAUUGGACUGAUGAGAAUUAUCUGACUAUUAACGAAUAUGUCAGAUUUAUGAACGAUUCAAAUGACAUUUUCAUCAGUGACGAUGACUUUAAAGAACAAAUGAGCUCAAUUUGCAAUCAAUCGUUGCCAGCAGAUCACUCAGCUCUUUGGGAAUGUUUAGUCAGUCGGCAGGCAAUUCAGUAUGAUGAUGGCAUUAAGUAUCCUGUCAUCUUUCGAGUUCAUCACUCGGUCGGUGAUGGAGUUGCCUUGCUGCGAUUAUUCCUAGAAGCUUUAGCUGACAAAGAAGAUGUAGAUAUAGACGAAAAUCCAGUUUUGACGCAAACUGACAAUUCAUUCAAUACGAAGUUUAUGCGAUUCCUUUCAACUGUCGUCACGUGCAUAAAGUCUCCAUCAGUGUUAUGCUCACAAAUGCAGAAGCAAAUUGACAUCAAUAAGAUUCAUCCAAGUAAGCUGUCUGGAAAUAAGAAAAUCAAUUGGAUUUAUGAAUCGAGUAAUAAUGACAACUAUUCAACACCGCUCCUUACUGUCGUCAAGCUACUUAAACGAAAAUUUCCUGGUUCCAGAUUCUCGAAUAUUUUACUGUCUGCACUGUCUAAAAGCUUAAGGGAUUACUUCAUGUAUAAGAACUCUGAAGUUCCAAAGGAUAUGACUGUUGUGAUGCCAGCUAGAAUAUGUCAUGAAAGUCCAACAUUAAAGUUACGUAACAGAUUCUCGGUGGCAAUGCAGACAAUUCCAAUUGACGUGUCGAGAACAACUGAACGAGUUGAGAGAGUCAGAAGAAAUUCAGAUGUGGUCAUAGCUUCACCAGAUUACCAAGUCAAUUACUUCCUAAUAUCUGUUGUUGCUGGAAUUUUUCCAGAUUGGGUGCUUAAAAACAUCAUCAACAGCAAGCAUGCAACAAUGGCAGUUAGUAAUCUUCCAGGACCAAACUUUUCACUCAAAAUUAAUGGAUUUGCAUUCGAAAGUGUUGGAUUCUUUAUCCCUAAUGUUGGUCAGACUGCAUGCGGCAUAACAAUCCUGUCCUACAACAAUAAACUUCAUUUUGGAGCAAUUGCUGAUGAAAAUUCUGUGGAAAGUGUUGAAGACUUAGGAAUGAUACUUGAUGGAAUGGUUAAUGAGCUCCAUGACAUGGCUGGAAAGCUAAUCAUGUGAAAUUAAAUUAUUAAAAAUCAAUUCCUUCAUAUUUUAAUUUAAUUUUAUUACAAAAAGAAAGAGAACAGAAAAAAAAUGAUAUUCCGGUAGAAAUACAGCCAACUUGUUAGGAGGGCUUGAACUUGUGCUAGGAGGGCAAUUUAAACAUUUUUUAAUUUUUAAUUCCUGUUGUAAAACAUUAUUCUGUGACAUGAAAUGUAAUUUAACUAGUUGCACAUUAUGACUCGCGUUAUAAAAAGCAAUUAACAUGAGAUUAUUAUCAAAAUAAAUGGGUUUUAGUGAAAUAAUAACAGCUACUAAACAUCCAUUCAGUUUUGAUAAUCAUAAUUUUUUUUGUUUUAAUUAUUUUCAUUUAACAUUUAUUAUUGGACGUACGUUAAAUAUUUUCAGAAUUCAGGACAAUUCGUAAUUAGGAAAAAAUAAGGAAAGUGGAAAAUUUUUGGUAUAAAUUUUAACAGUUUUGUUGUUUUUGAAUUUUUGGUUUGCUUCUGGAUAGUUUAAAAAGCCUCCAAAACUUAUUAA